AUGGCGCCCGGCGCGCUGCGCCCUCAUUGGCCGCCCUGCCCGAGGGCCCGCCCCCCGCGCGCUGCUAUUGGCCGGCGCGCCCCGGGGCUCGUUCGCCGCCAUCUUGCGGCGCGUUGCGACACGGGGGCCGCGAUGGCAACGGGCGCGGGGCCGGCGGCGCUUACGGCAGAGGCGGCCGGGCCGGGCCGGGGCGCGGCCGCCGCGGGCUCCGGGCCCCCCGCGCCCUCCGCCGCCCUCAUCGGCCUCCCGCCGCCCUUCGGCGAGCAAGACGAGGAUGACGUGCACAAGUGCGGGCGCUGCCAGUCGGAGUUCAGCUCCUUGGAGGAGUUCGUGCAGCACAAGCUGCAGAAGGGCUGCCAGCGCCCUCCCGACGCGCUCGCCGGGCUCCUCGGCCAGGAAGGACAAAAGGUGGUUCCUGCUGUCGAGGAGUCCAUCACCGUUGCUCACAUUGUUGUUGAAGCAUCUUCCAUAGCGGAGGAGAUCAGCAACGCCUCGGCCAUCGUAGGCAGUGGGCACAUCAAAGAGGUCAUUGUAGCAGGAGACCAUGUGUUUGAGAACCCCAAUGGCCACGUGGAUGGGGAGGUCAGUGAGGAGCAGGGCAGCCCCGAGGAGCAGGAGCAGGACAUUUCCACCGAGCUGAUCAAGGUGAAGCUGCAGGUGAACAAGGAGGGGCGAUACGUGUGUGAGCUGUGCCAGAAGACAUUUAAAACUGCCAGCAUCCUCAAAGCUCACAUGAUCACCCACAGCAGCAGGAAGGACUAUGAGUGUAAACUCUGUGGGACUUCCUUUAGGACAAAGGGGUCUCUGAUCCGACACCAUCGGCGGCACACGGAUGAAAGACCUUACAAAUGCAAGAAAUGUGGGAAAAGCUUCCGGGAAUCGGGAGCUUUGACUCGGCACCUUAAAUCUCUGACGCCUUGCACUGAAAAAAUACGCUUCAACAUGACCAAAGAAAUCGUUGUCAACAAAGAGGAUCUGCCAUCAGGAUCCUGCAGCUCCAACACAGACACAAUGUCCUCGAUAGCGAGCGAAUCCAUCGAGGCCUCCCCCGUCAUCCACCUCGUGACAGAUGCAAAAGGCAACGUGCUCCAUGAAGUCCAUGUCCAGAUGCAGGAGCUUCCCGUGGUGGAUGCAAAACCCCUGGAGGCAGAUCAGCCGCAUCCUGAGGAGCUGCCGUGCGAGGGGGAAGUGAACAGUGAGAACCUGCUGAGGCAGGCCAUGAGGAAUUCGGGACUUGUCAUCGAGAGAGUGGCUGUGGAGGAGGUGCAGAAGCCGGAUGAACCUGCGGCAGCUGCUCCAGAAGAGCCAGAAAACAAAGGGGUGGACAUGGAAGAGGAGCCGUGUGGGGAGGAGUGUGCCAAACUGGAAGGAGCAGAGUCUACACCUGCAGAAAGAACCAAUGGGUACAAACAAUACGUUUGCUCUCACUGUAAUGAAGCCUUCAAUGAAGCUGCUGCCCUGGAAACUCACAGCAAGAGUCACACAGAGUACAAACCUUUCAAGUGUGAGGAGUGUGGCAAGGAGUUCACCAAGGGCUACCUGCUGAAGAAGCACCAGGAGGUGCACGUGAACGAGCGGCGGUUCCGCUGCGGGGAGUGCGGGAAGCUCUACAAGACCAUCGCCCACGUGAAGGGGCACCGGCGCGUGCACUCGGACGAGCGGCCCUACGCCUGCCCCAAGUGCGGCAAGCGCUACAAGACAAAGAACGCCCAGCAGGUGCAUUUCCGUACCCACCUGGAGGACAAGCCCUACGUGUGCCAGUUCUGCAGCCGGGGGUUCCGGGAGAAGGGCUCCCUGGUGCGCCACAUCCGCCACCACACCGGCGAGAAGCCCUUCAAGUGCUACAAGUGCGGGCGCGGCUUCGCCGAGCACGGCACCCUCAACAGGCACCUCAAAACCAAAGGUGGCUGCCUCCUUGCUAUGAAAGAGGUGGAAGAAGUGAUAGUGUCAGAGGAGAGUCAGUCCGCUGACAACUUGGCAGCCACGGUCCUUUCGGAAGAUCCGCACACGGUUCUGGUGGAGUUUUCCUCGGUGGUGGCAGACACGCAGGAAUACAUCAUCGAGACUUCUACUGAAGACAUGGAGACCAGCGAAGCUACUGAAAUAAUAGAGGGGACAAGACAUGAGGUCGACAGCCACAUCAUGAAGGUGGUGCAGCAGAUCGUGAACCAGGCCAACUCGGGCCACCAGAUCAUCGUGCAGAACGUCACGGUGGCCGAGGGCGCCGCGGCCGCCGACGCCGCCGACACCAUCACCAUCGCCACGCCCGAGAGCCUCACGGAGCAGGUGGCCAUGACCCUGGCCUCGGCCAUCGGCGACGGCGCCGUGCUGGCCGCCGAGGGCGGGCUGGCCGCGCAGGAGGCCACCGUCACCAUGGUGGCGUCCGAGGACAUCGAGAUCAUGGAGCACGCGGGGGAGUUCGUGAUCGCCGCCUCGCAGGAGGGAGAGGUGGAGGUGCAGACGGUGAUCGUGUGAGGGAGGGCGGCUGCCGAAGGGCACGGCCGCUGCAGGCCGGGCACCGGGGCCGCUCACGGGGCAAGGGGGAAUGUGCUGCGGGGAUGAGGCUUCACGGGAUAGGGCAGGCCUAAGAGGGGAUAGUGCAGGCCUAAAAUGGGAUAUUGCAGGCCUGAAAGGGGAUAGGGCAGGGCUAAAAGGGGAUAGGGCAGGGCUAAAAUGGGAUGGGUUAGGGCAGGGUUAAAACGGGAUAGGACAGAGCUAAAAUGGGAUAGGACAGGCCUAAAACGGGACAGGACAGGGCUAAAAUGGGAUAGUGCAGGCCUAAAAUGGGGUAAUGCAGGCCCAAAACGGGAUAGUGCAGGGCUAAAACGGGAUAGUGCAGGCCUAAAAUGGGAUAAUGCAGGCCCAAAACGGGAUAGUGCAGGGCUAAAACGGGAUCGUGCAGGCCUAAAAUGGGAUAAUGCAGGCCCAAAACGGGAUAGGACAGGGCUAAAACGGGAUAGUGCAGGCCUAAAAUGGGGUAAUGCAGGCCCAAAACGGGAUAGUGCAGGCCUAAAAUGGGAUAAUGCAGGCCCAAAACGGGAUAGUGCAGGCCUAAAACGGGAUAGUGCAGGCCUAAAAUGGGAUAAUGCAGGCCUAAAACGGGAUAGGACAGGGCUAAAACGGGACAGUGCAGGCCUAAAACAGGAUAGGACAGGCCUAAACCAGGCCAGGGCAGGCCCGAGGUGCUCUCAGUCCAAAACCAGCGCCACAAGUGAAAGCCUCGGCCUGCUCACACGGAGGAGACUGACAGGUCACUCAGCAUUCUGUACAGCAGCCUCGAAUUAAGGAAGAUCCUUUGGGAACCAGCCCCCUCUGCCCACGGGACAGCAGUGGUCUAGUUUUUAAAAGGAUCCAGAAAGCGUAGCAACUAUGUGGGGUCUCACAAGGGAUUAUUUAAAUAUAUGCAUUUGAAACAAGUUGAGGAAACCAAACCUAAGGAGUUGUGGUGUGUGUUAAGCACCACUGAAACGCUCUCAUGCCUUUAACCUCACUCCUUCCGGCCUCCCAAGGCAUGGUACUGCAGUAUUUCUCUUUUCUUUUGAUAUCCUGGACAAGUAGCCUUAUGUACUGGUCUAUGAAUGCAUCAUUGUACCCUGCAAUGCCAGCCAGGCUGCUCUGAGAGCCAGCCUGGGGGAUGGAAAGCCAUAUUGUAUAGGAAUUUGGUUUUUUUUAAACCAUAUAUGGAUUUUUAAUUGCGUAUUGUACAGAUUCGGCAUGUAAAUAAAUACAUUUUUAAAAAUAAAGUUAUUUAAAGUUCUUACUA